CUGAAAAAAUCAGCUUUAAUUGUUUUAGCCUUUACAGGACAAAGGAUAAUGGUCAAACAUUGUGGCACUCUUCUACUUCCUUUUUUGCUAAUUAUACAAAACCUAUUCUGAAAGCCACAUUUCAUCCCCCGCUCAGAGGCUCCAGUUGGUGGCCAAGAGUACAUCUCUUUUCAAAUAGCUGGAUCAGGUCCUCAUGCUGCUGUGGUCAUUGCUGGUCAUCUUUGGUGUAUCAGUUACCCAGCUACCCCAGGGUUCUGUAAAGGUGGCUCUGGAAAGCCUGUGAAGACGUCCUAACAUUACUGCCCUCCAGGCCGACAUGUUCUGAGGUCACGCAGCCUGUUUCUGCCACCGUUUGCAUGUCUGGACGACCAGGUCCCACCCAGUCUUCUCAAGGUCCCAGAUGCUUGCCUCUGCUUUAAAAGCCUGGCUGUAUUGAAGGCAAGCUGACCCUUUUGGCGCCCUCUUCUGUCUUUGAAGGAGACAGCAUAGUUCUGACAUGCCAGGUAGAAUGGAAGUGGAACGUCCAGACGAUGGCGUACUACAAGGAUGACAGAGAGUUAUUUGUUUUCAAAGAAGUCUCAAGUUUCCAUAUCCAAAGUGCAGUUUUAAGUGACAGUGGUAACUAUUUCUGCAGGACCGAAGGAAAGUUGUUACCGGGUAAAAGUUCAAACAUAGUAAAGAUCAGAGUCCAAGAGCUGUUUCAACAUCCUGUGCUGACAGCCAGUGACUUCCAGCCCAUCGAAGGGGGUCCAGUGAGCCUGACAUGUGAGACCCAGCUCUCUCCACAGAGGCUAUAUGUUCAGCUCCGGUUCUGCUUCUUCAGAGAAAACCAGGUCCUGGGGUCAGGCUGGAGCAGCUCCCCGGAGCUCCAGAUUCCUGCCAUGUGGAGUGACGACACAGGGUCUUACUGGUGCAAGGCAGAAACGGUGACUCCCAGGGUCAGAAAACAGAGCCUCCAAUCCCAGAUUCAUGUGCGGAGAAUUCCCAUCUCUAAUGUGAGCUUGGAGACCCGGGUCCCUGGGGGACAGGUGACUGAAGGACAGAGACUGAUCCUGCUCUGCUCAGUGGCUGGGGGUACAGGAAAUGUGACAUUCUCCUGGUACAGAGAGUCCACAGGCACCAUUCUGGGAAAGAAAACCCAGCAUUCUCUGUCAGCAGAGCUGGAGAUCCUGGCUGUGAAGGAGAGUGAUGCCGGCAAGUAUUACUGUCAAGCUGACAACGGCCAUGAGCCUAUCCAGAGCAAGGUGGUGAAUAUACCUGUGAGAAUUCCAGUGUCUUGCCCAGUCCUCACCCUCAGGGCUCCCAGGCCCCAGGCUGUGGUGGGGGAUCUGCUGACGCUUCACUGUGAGGCCCAGAGAGGCUCUUCCCCGAUCCUGUACUGGUUUUAUCAUGAGAAUGUCACCCUGGGGAACAGCUCAGCCCCCUCUGGAGGAGGAGCCUCCUUCAACAUUUCUCUGACUGCAGAACAUUCUGGAAACUACUCCUGUGAGGCUGACAAUGGCCUGGGGUCCCAGCGCAGUGAGGCGGUGCCAAUCUCCAUCUCAGGACCUGAUGGCUAUAGAAGAGACCUCAUGACAGCCAGAGUUCUUGGGGGCCUGUUUGGUGUCCUUGGUUUCACUGCUGCUGCUUUGCUGUUGUAUUGCCUGUUCCACAAGACGUCAGGAGAAAGUUAUGCAACUAGUGAACCCAGAGGUGCUUCCAGGACAAAUCCUCAAGUGUCCACCUAUUCCAGUCCAAUCCCAGACAUGGAGGAGCUGCAGCCAGUGUAUGCCAAUGUGGGCUCUGUAGAUAUGGAUGUGGUUUAUUCUCAGGUCAGGAGCAUCCAGCACUCAGAAGAUUCAGCAAACACCAUCAGGACAUUUCUGGAGAACAAGGACUCCCAAGUCAUCUACUCUUCUGUGAAGAAGUAAUAACACUUGGAGGAACCAGAGGGGAGGAUAAACAACAAGAAUGGGGCAUUAUUAAGACUUGCCAUAAAACCUUAUGAAAAUGCUCAGGGCUUAUCACCUGCCACAGCCAGAAUGUGCUUCGGGAGCCAUCUCUUGUCAUCAUUUUUGUUCUGAUCAUUUUCCUUCUCCAAUAUCUUCUUUUACUUAUUAAUAGUCAUUGAACUGCUACUACAUCCAGACACUGUGCAAAUAAAUUAUUUCUGCUACCUUCUCUUAAGCAA